GACUCACUUCCCUCAUUGCCCCACCCCAGAGCUCCUGUGCUCAGAUCUGACACAGACCCCUCCACCAUUAGAUGUGUUAGGACAGAAUAAAGCCAUUAGCUUUCACACGUCCAUAUUUCUGCUGAGCUUUUGUCCAGACUCACACCAAAGAUCACAACAGGAUGCCUCUUGGAGGAGGAAACAAAUGUGGCUGCUGUCAGAAAACCGUUUACUUUGCAGAGGAAGUUCAAUGUGAAGGGCGGAGCUUCCACAGAUCCUGUUUCCUGUGCAUGGUGUGCAGGAAAAAUCUCGACAGCACUACUGUGGCCACCCAUGAGAACGAGGUCUAUUGCAAGUCCUGUUACGGCAAAAAAUACGGGCCCAAGGGUUAUGGAUACGGCGCUGGUGCAGGAACUCUAAGCAUGGACAAAGGAGAGUCGCUGGGCAUUAAAUCUCAGGAACCUCAACCACACCAGCCGACCAAUAACCCCAACACAUCCAAGUUUGCUCAAAAGUUUGGAAGCUCCGAUGUGUGUCCACGUUGCAGUAAGGCCGUUUAUGCUGCCGAGAAAGUCAUAGGGGCAGGAAAUGCAUGGCAUAGGGGUUGUUUCCGGUGUGCUAAGUGCGGUAAAGGGCUUGAGUCCACAACUUUAGCUGACAAGGAUGGAGAAAUUUUUUGUAAAGCUUGCUAUGCCAAAAGCUUUGGACCGAAGGGUUUUGGAUACGGCCAAGGGGCCGGCGCACUGUCACACACUCAAUAGAUCGGCAACACACUAGUCACAUUAAUUCCUGUACCUGCUCACAUGCCGUUUUGAAUGACUGCAUGUCAAUGUCAGGAAAUGUCCACAUUUCAAAGACAUCAUAAACGUCUCGGCUUAAAUCUUGAACAUUACCAAACACUUGGAAGAACGUCAACUAUGUUAACAAAGCAUGGGAUUAACACUUAAUCUACUCACUUGAAAUGAUCACUUCAAGUGGCACAGAUUUAGUGCAAUUUGAGCUCUGCUUUCUCUUCAUAGAUGUAUUGUUUGUUCUUUAUAAUGGAUCGACAUGUCACACGUUUGAACUUAAUCACUGUAAAAAAAAUGUUCCUUUUAACUUUAUUUCAAAUAUGCAAGAUUUUCAAGCAUUCCUUGGCUAAAGAUGCACCUGUCACUGAGUCAGACACACAAGCCAUCACUUUUUAAACCCGACCUCUUUAAUCACCAACACGUGCAUGUCCUCAUUACCAUCUCCUUUGUAAGCCGCCACCAUUCCUCACUUCUUCUUCGUCUGGUCUUGCACUUACCUGCAUGAUGGACUCCUAGUUUCCUCACCUGUGUGCUCUUUCUCAGCUCAGGAUCUACCCGUCUUCCAGUGCCAUACAAACACAAAGACUGUUAUUCUAAGCUAAGUCACCCAGGACUUUACAUUUUCUAAGCUAAGUUAUUUACCUGUCUGAUGUUGUAUACUUCAAUAAACUUUGUUAUAUUUAA